CACUACCUAAAGUCACACAGACGCAGAACAGCACAGGGAGACGACACAGCUACAAACGUACAUUAGAGUUGAGGUAAGAGGUAGAAGUUACUGUAUUUGACCACAAGUGUGUUAAGAUGUCAAAAGGAGUCUAUGAAAUCCCAGAUAGAUUUGAAGACGAUGAGCCUGAUGCAAUGAAGAACACAGACAUCGAUGGCCAAAUAUAUUCCAACGUAAGAGCCUUCAAGCCCAGUACAAGAGAUGGAGUUGUUGCUUCAGAGCUUGAUAGCUCAGGGAAGAGACCCUCCCUAGUUGCUGCAGUGUUUCUGGGGCUGCUGUGUGUCCUACUGGCUGGGAUCAUAGGCCUGUCUGUCUACUAUAACAGAGUCAUCAAAGAUUCUGAGGAUAAAAGGAACAUCUUGUCACAGAGUUGUUCCCUUUAUGAGAAUAACGCAACUGCAGAGAGAGACCAGUUACAGACCAAAUACAACAACCUGACUGAAGAGAAAGGUCAUAUUCAGGCAAAGCUUUUUGUGAUGGGGCAGCAUUGUCAGGAGGGAUGGAGGUACUUUGACUCCAGUUUGUACUUCCUCUCUACUGAGAAGAAAACCUGGGAGGAGAGCAGACAGGAUUGUAAGAGGAGAGGAGCAGACCUCGUGAUCAUAAACAGCAGAGAGGAACAGACAUUUGUCUUCAACCUCCACCUGAGAGCCUGGAUUGGUCUGACCGACUCUGUCACUGAGGGGACCUGGAAGUGGGUGGACGGCACAUCACUGACCACAGGGUACUGGAGCGCAGGACAGCCUGAUGAUAAUGGGCAGGAGGACUGUGCUGAGAUAUACUUUAGACAAGAUGACCCUGUAAAGACAUGGAAUGAUGACAAUUGUGGCACAAAUCAUAACUGGAUCUGUGAGAAAGUGGUGUAACAAUAACACAGUAACAAACAUUCUGUCUCCUCUCUGUGUGUCUCUCUGUGUCUCUGAAUUCAUUUAAAUUAAAGGGGCUUUUUUGUCAUGGGAAACAUAUGCCAAAGCAAGAGAAGUAGAUAAUAUACAAAAGUGAAAUUAACAAUAAAAAAUAACAGUAAACAUUACACUCACAGAAGUUCCAAAAGAAUGAAGACAUUUCAAAUUCCAUAUCAUGUAUAUAUACAGUGUUGUAACAAUGUGCAAAUGGUUAAUGUACAAAAGGGAAAAUAAAUCAACAUAAAUACAGA